AUGGUAAAAUUAUAUUGGUUAAAAUUAUCUAUAAAUAAUAGGUAUAUAUUUAUUAAUUUUAAAUAUAAUAAAAAUAUAAUAUUAAAUAUAUAUAAUAAAAAUUUGUAUAUUUAUAAAAAAUGGUUAAAUUUAUAUAUAAAAGUAUAUAAUGGUUGUAAAUUUAUACCAAUUUAUAUUAAUAAAUAUAAAUUAUAUAAUAAAAUAGGUAAUUUUAUUUAUACUAAAUAUAUUAAAAAUAAAAUAAAAGAAUUAUUAUUAAAUUAA